ACGGUUUUGCAUUUUGCCGCUGAUUUUAAUAAUAAUAGACCGAGUCUUCUAUUUUUUUAAUGUAGUUGUUGAAGGAAAGGAAACUACAAAGGCUUUCCACGAAGCAAGUAAUUGUAGACUCACUUGUAAGCGCAGCCAAUUCCACUUCGAAUCCGUAUCUUUUUUAGCAGCGCUUCUCCGUCGGAAUCCAUGGUGGAUGGGUCAGUAAUCCUUGAUUCCGGCCUAGAUGACGAUGAACUCGCCUACGACCUCCAGUUGAAAGAAGUCAUUGCCCUUUCACAGACCCAGUUUUCUCCCCCUACUUCCUACUCUCCUCCACCAUCGGCUUCAUCCCGAUCGUCGCCCUUUCUCGACGACGAUAACGAGAUGCGCUAUGCGACUAACCUAUGGACGUAUCUGACCUCCGAUGACGACGGGAUGGGGUACGAUUAUCGGAUGCCCUCUGAUACGGACGUAUCUGCUCUCCUUGAUCCUUUAUUUGAUUCUGAAAGUUACAGAUUGUAUUUCAAGGGUUUGGUCGGCAAAGAGACCGCCGGAGACGUAACGAUCAUUGCGGUGGCUGUUUUCGAUUCGAGAGACGAUUUAUUGAUACAUGUGAGGAAGCCAUUGGAAGCUGCUCGAGAAAACGAGGCCGUCAGUCCCGAGGUUGCUGAGCUUAUGGCCUUAAUCAAAGGGCUUGAGGCGGCUCUUUCCCUUCACUUGGAACGAGUUUCCUUCUUCUGCGAUGACUAUAUGCUUCACCAAUAUGUUACAGGCAGAUUACGGCCAAAACUGAGCAAGAUUGCAAGUCUAGUCGAAAAAGUAGCUUUUCUACGAAUGCAAUUCUCUUAUUGUGAACCCUUUUUGGUAGAACAAAAUGUGAUGAAAAGUGCCUUUAAAUUAGUAGAACAAGCCACAGCUUCUCAGAUAAAUGCAGAAACUAGCAACACCCAGAACUUGCUAGAGAACUGCAAGAUUUGUUAUGUAGAUAACGAAUUGGAUCAAAUGUAUACUGUUAAUGACUGCCUUCAUAGAUACUGCUUCUCUUGCAUGAAAAAGCAUGUUGAAGUGAAGUUUCUUGAUGGAUCUGAGGCAAAAUGUCCUCAUGAAGGCUGUAAAUCGACAGUGGGUAUUGAGAAUUUUGAAAAACUUUUCCCCCCAAAAGUAAUUGAAAUCAUUCAUCAACGCUUCAAAGAAUCUUCCAUCCCUUUUUCAGAGAAAGUUUAUUGCCCACAACCCAGAUGCUCUGCUUUGAUGUCGAAGACUGAAGUUUUGGAUUAUACAAAAGACAUUCUUGGAAAUGCAGAGCAAUCUGGAGCUAGGAAGUGCAUGAAAUGCCAUGGACUUUUUUGCAUCAAAUGCAAAGCCACUUGGCACAACGACAUGACGUGUGAGGAGUACAGGAAGUCAAGCCAUGGCACUCAAACGGAAGACGCAAAGCUGAAUUCUCUGGCCAAGGAGAAGCUCUGGCAGCCAUGUCUGAGAUGUGGCCAUUUGGUUGAGCUUGCAGAAGGAUGCUUCCACAUCGUUUGCAGAUGUGGACAUGAAUUCUGCUAUUCCUGUGGAGCUGAGUGGAAGAACAGGCAGCCAACAUGUUUGUGUCCGAUGUGGGAUGAACAUCUUAUCUUAAAUGAUGAACAGUAAUGGAUGGAUGUUGGGGAGAUUGCUUGAGGAAUUCAGGGCGGAUUAUAGGUUUCUCUCUAAUCUUAAGUGAUCAUCAUAUCUUUUUACUAUUAAUUACAACAUUGAUUGGCUGUGCUAAGCUUAAUAAUUACAUUCUUAUAAGGCAAUAAUAUAUUCUUGAACUAUGUAGGUAAAUUAAGUCGAUUUU